AUACACAUUUACACUUAAUAUUUAGUAGCAGUGUAAGUUGAUGUAAAUUCACUGUAAAUUUUGCUUAAUUAUUACAUUACUCUCAUUUUAUAAAUAAUUUUCGUUCCACAUUCUAUACUUGAGAAAUGGCUGGUUAUUUUGAAGAAAUGGGUUGGAGAGAAUUGGGUGAUGGGGAACAACCAAAUCAUCUCUUACACUUUGCAAGAUUUCUCAUAGAUUCUGGCUUAGAUCGAAGUGGUGCAGCGGAGUGGCCAAGCUUACCUCCGCCUGCAUCGAAAGAGGCAGUAAAAAAAUUACAAGAUGUUAUAAUAGAAAAUCAAAAGAAAGGUUGCCCAAUAUGUUUGAAGAACUUAGAAGCUGGAGAAAAGGUUAAAAAGAUGCCUUGUAAUCAUAUUUUCCAUCCAAGGUGUAUUUUGACAUGGUUAGACAAGACAAACUCAUGCCCGUUUUGUAGACAUGAGAUGCCUACUGAUGAUGAAAACUAUGAAGCCUACAAGAAAGCAAAGAAACGAGCUGAACAGUCACAAAAUGAUCUUGAUGCAUUACACAAUUCAAUGUUUAGUUAGCAGUUUCAUCAUCAUUAAUUUUUUAGGGUUAUUGGUAAUCUCAGGUGAUAUAAAUUAUAAAAGGUUAUGGUUAUCAUGUCUAAUGUUUAUCUACAACAAUUUUCUAUUAAAACAUGUACAUAAUGUAAAAUUCCUGAGUUUUUUUUAUUCUUCACACGGUUGAUUGAAGCAGCACACCUAAUGUUAAGUUUUUAUUGAAACCCACAGCAUCACAAUGUGAAUGCCACCAACCCACCUUGAGGCAUGAGGUCGAAAUAUAACUGAUGUCUCACUCUCAAACAUAAAACGCAUCAUAGAUUAGCAGCAGAAAUGCAGGUGGUGUUCACCUCUGUAGCUCACAAUAAGGCUUACCACCAGUAAAUGUCAGUUGGUGGUCGCUGUAGAUCGGUAUUAUACUCAGAGAGAGCUAUUGCCCAUUCUCUAUAGGCUUUCUUAGUCUCCCAUAACAACACUGAUGGAAAGAAAUGGAGUGGUGCUAUUCUGUGCCGACACCAUAUAGCCAAAAAUAUUUAUGUAUAUUAUGUUUGUUAGAUAUAUGCAAUAAAUUAAAAUAUUCCCAAAUA